CUGCGACACUGCUCAGCUCCACCACACUCCGCCUUACCAUGGCGGCCACUACGAGCGCCUUCCCCUCGCGGGUAGAGGCGUCCGCCGACCUGGCGGCCAGCCUCGGCAAGAUCCGCCACCACACAGCCUCGAAGCUCGAGAACCAGAAGGCGCCUGCGCAGCUCCUCGUGGCCAUCGAGGCGACGCUCGACGAGCAGCGCAUGGCCGACGCCGGCGACGCCGAGCGCAGCCCGACCGAGUACUUCUGCGCGCUCGAGGCGAUGCUGGCCAAGGCGCUGGGCGAUGGCGCGCCCGCCACGCUGCUGCCUUCUUCCUUCUACCUCCUCUCCAUCGUCGCGCCGUACGUCGCGCCGGCUGUGCUCAAGGCCCGCCUUACGGGCCUGAUGGAGCCGCUUGCUUUCGUGCUCUCCAACCCGCACCCGUCGGGCUCCUCCACUGCCGAGAACCACGCCGCGCUGCUGCGCUCCGCCCUCGGCGUGCUGCAGGCAGUGCUGCUCGCACUCUCGACGGACCGCGCCACGCUCGACCGCGACCUGCGCCUGCGCGGCUGCUGGAACUCGGUGCUCGAGCUCUGCACCGACUCGCGGCCAAAGGUGCGGAGACGUGCCCAGGACGUCGUCUCGGCCGUGCUGGCCGAGAGCGGCGCCGGCUCGUCGACGGGCACCAAGGCGCACCCUUACACGGCACGCACGGCCGAGUGGGCCAUCAAGGCGCUGGAGGGCGUCGCAAACGCAGGCGGCGUCGCGAGCACCAAGGGCAAGGCGAGCAAGAAGCCCGUGGCGCUGGCGCCGGAGUACGACAAGAAGAGCGGCAAGGCCAAGGGCGCCGAUGCGGCUGCCGCCGCUCGGCAGCAGCAGGCGUCCGACGGCGGCGCCAGCGCGGGCAUCUGGGUGUGCGGCUUCCUGAAGCUGCUAGCGCCGACGAUGCCCGGCAAGUACCUCACGCCGCUCAUCAACGUCCUGCUGCGUCUGCCCGGCCUCACAAAUCCGUUCUUGACGGUCGCCGCCUUCGAGGUGUUCGAGUCGCUCUUCCGUCCUUCUCGGCCCGUUGCAGGCUCGGAGAACCCGCUCGCUGCGCUGGCGUCCAGCGGCGCUCACGCUUCGCGCGCUGUCAACCAGACUGACUCGCUCGUGCGCACGCUCGACGCGCUCGCCUCGCCCUCGAUCGCCCCCAGCGCAAGCGAUGCGCAGCUCCUGCCGCCGUACCUGCGCGCGCUGGAGCACGCCCUGGUCGCAUACUCUCGCGUCGAGCAGGGCAAGCCGGCAUGGGCGCGCGUGCCGGCGGUCUGGGCUGAGAUCUUCGAGCUGAGCCUGUCGUCGAAGAGCAAGGCCAGCCGCGAGCAGCCGGCUGUGCGCUCCGCGGGCCGCGACUCGCUCUGCGCACUGGCGCGCUACUGUGUGCCGGACUCGGCCAUCGAAGAGGCGCUCAAGGCUGGCAAGGGUGCCGCCGAGACGCAGCUGGGCGGCAUGCUUUCGCUCAUCUCCGACGCUCUCGGACGCCAGGCGAUCCGCUACAGCCACGCCCGGCCCGAGGUCCUCGCAGUGCUCUCUGCGCUCGUCACUCGUCUGCGCUACCGGCCUACGGCAGCUGCGGGCAAGCAACGCGCUCUGCCGGCCGCUGCCAAGCUCCUCAUGCCACUGGUCUCCAUCGUCGCCGAGCUGCGCGUCGAGCCUGCAUUCGACCACCGCGAGGCGGCAGACGGCGUGCUUGGCGCUGCCGUGGAGGUCUGCGGUCCGCGCACCUUCCUCGAGACGCUGCCGCUCGGCCUGCUGGGCGAGAACGACGCCACUGGCGGUCGUGCCUGGCUGCUGCCGCUGAUGCGCGGUCGCAUCACCAACACGGAGCUGGAGCACUUCACUGGCACGAUGGUGCCGCUGUCCGAGGCGCUCUUCAACCGCCGUGCCCAGGCAGAGGAGCUCGGCCAGGACGGCAAGAUGAAGCGGCCGGUGGAGGCCAAGGUGUUCGAGGCGCUCACCGAGCAGGUCUGGGCGCUCUUCCCGGGCUACUGCGACCUGCCCGUCGAUCUCACUUCUGCGCUCUCGCCCCACUUCAUCGAGCUGCUCGCCAACGUGCUCUACACGCAGCCCACGCUGCGGCCAUCCGUCUGCCGCGGCCUGCAGGUCCUCGUGGAGCGCAACGAGGCGCUUGCGUCGUCGGGCGCGCCCGCCGACGUCCUGCGCGCCAGCUUCGGUCUGGACCAGGACGCCGGCCGCAAGAACAUCGCACACCUCGCCGACCUUGCGCCGAAUCUGCUCGCCGUCUUCUCGAACAUCUUCAGUCAGAGCCCGGGCGAGAGCCGCGGCUACGUGGCCGAGGUACUCGCGGCGUACCUGCGCGUAAUGAAGCCGGCCGACGUCGCCAGCACAUACGCCAAGAUCGUGGGCAUGCUCCGCUCCUCGCUGCCGACGCUCGUGCCGGCACACGACCGCGAGACUGGGCCGAAGGUCGUGCCGCCGGUGCCGCACACGAUGCUGGAUCUCCUGAUCGUGCUGCUCCCCUUCCUGGACGCCAGCAAGCCCGACUCGGAGGCGUCGCAGCUGUUCGACCUCGCCACCGAGGACGAGCUGAUGCGCGCCAAGGACGCAGGCCUGCAGAAGAAGACCUACCGCAUCCUGGCUCGCCUCAUCGACGGUCCGCGCGGCGUGGCGGUACUGCGUCUGCCCUCGACUGCCGAGGGCGGCGAGGGUGCCGGUCGCGUCGGCGAGCUGCUGGCAAAGCUGCGCGACUCGACAGCGAACGUCGUGGCGGGUGCCAAGCGCGACCGUGUGGCGCUGCUGGCUGCACUCGUCCCGCGCAUUCCGGCCACGGAGCUGCACUUCCUGCCGUCGAUCAUCCCUGAGGCGGUGCUCGCCACCAAGGAGACGAACCAAGGCACGCGCGAGCUGGCCUACGACCUGCUCGUGGCGAUGGGCCACAAGAUGGACGCAGGAGGCUCCAUCAAGCGCGGCCUCGUGGAGGGCGCGGCAGGGGAGGAGGCGGACGAAGACAUGGAGGGCGGCCAGGCUGCUGCUCCGGCUCCGGCCGCCGUCAGCGAAGAGGUCGCAGCGGCCUCCGUCAACGAGUACAUGACCAUGGUCGCCGCUGGUCUUGCCGGCUCGACGCCGCACAUGAUCAGCGCAUCGAUCACGGCGCUCUCGCGCCUCGUAUACGAGUUCCGCGCGGACGUGCCGGUCGAGACGCUGCACGAGCUGCUCUCCACGAUCGAGGUCUUCAUUCGCUCGGCCAACCGCGAGAUCGUCAAGUCCGCGCUCGGCUUCGUGAAGGUCGUGAUCGUCAGCCUGCAGGCGUCCAUCGUCGACGAGCACCUGCCGGUGCUCAUUCCGGCGCUCUUUGGCUUCAGCCCGCAGCACCGCCAGCACUUCAAGUCCAAGAUCCGGCACAUCUUCGAGCGUCUGCUGCGGCGCUUCGGCUUCGAGCGCGUCGUCAGUCUGACGGGCGAGGAGGACAAGAAGCUGCUGAACAACAUCCGCAAGCGCAAGGAGCGGGCCAAGAGACGCAAGAACUCUGCUGAGGACGGCGAGCGGGCUGCCGACGAUGAUGACGACGCUGGUCCUGGCAUCGGCGCGCGUGCACUCAAGUCGCACGGCGUCGACGCCUUCGAGGAGGCCAUCUACGGCUCCGAGUCGGACCUGUCCGACAGCGACGACGACAAUGCCGGAGACGGUGCGGAGGCACUUGCGCAGCGCGCAUCAGACGCGCGAGGCGCUAAGGGCGGCAAGAAGGGCCAGCAGCCCGUCAAGCCGAAGAAGACGCGCCGGCAAGAGGAGGAGACGUACAUCCGCGAGGACGACGACGUGCCCAUGGACCUGCUCGACCGCUCGGCUGCGGCAGGUGGCAUCUCCACUGCUCGGGCCACGUCCGGCAACGGCAAAGCGGCACGCGCCCGCAGACCCGGCCAGGAGGCUGCCACGUUCGAGCUCGACGAGGCCACGGGGCGCAUGCUCAUCAACGAUCCGGACAGCGCCUCGGGCCAGGCUGCCGACCCGGCUAGUGUGGACGUCGAUGGCGCAGGCCGUGCGUACACCGAUCGCGAGCGCGGCACGCACGGUGUCACGAUGCGCGACGGCGUGGUGCGCGUCAACAAGAACAACAAGCGCAACCGGGCGGAGGACGAGCUGCUCGACGAGGAGCAGAUGGCCGUCGAGGCCGCAGCCGAGGGCGCCCAGGACGCGGCCAAGGCCAAGCGCAAGAAGAAGGCGCCGCAGGCCAUCGGCGCCGCGUACGCCGCCAAGCGCGCACAGGGCGACGUCAGCCGCAAGGGCGCGCCCUCGCCCUUCGCGUACGUCCCGCUCGGCCAGGUGGCGGGCAAGAAGGGCGCGCGCGCCGACAAGAUGGACAUCACCGGCAAGGGCAAGAAGGGCCCGCGCGGUCGGUCGUAG